AUGUCUAACGCCAGACUGAGGGAGGUGCUCAACGCGGGCAACACGGCGAAGGAGAAGGGCCCGCCGGUGGCGGACGGCGUGCUGUCGCCCACGCCGGACACGCCGGAGGCGGUGGAACUGCGGUCUCGGCGGUCCGCGAUUGACUGCGUGGCCACCAGCUCGUCGUACCUGGAGGAGGACAGCGACGGGCCCCUGCCGCAUGAGCUAUACGGCAAGUUCACGUGGAAGAUCGAGAAUUUCUCUGAGACCAGCAAGCGGGAGCUCCGGAGCACCGUGUUCGAAGUGGGCAGCUACAAGUGGUAUAUCUUGGUCUACCCACAGGGCUGCGAUGUUUGCAACCACCUUUCACUCUUCCUGUGUGUGGCAGACUACGACAAACUUUUGCCAGGCUGGAGCCACUUCGCUCAGUUCACUAUUGCAGUGGUGAACAAGGACCCCAAAAAGUCGAAAUAUUCAGAUACGUUGCAUCGGUUCUGCAAGAAAGAACAUGACUGGGGCUGGAAGAAGUUCAUGGAGCUCUCAAAGGUUUUGGAUGGUUUCACUGUGUCUGACACACUGGUGAUUAAGGCACAAGUACAGGUUAUCAGGGACCGCGUUGACCGGCCGUUCCGCUGUCUGGAUCCCCAGUACCGGAGGGAGCUUGUCCGUGUCUACCUCACAAAUGUUGAGGGGAUAUGCCGACGGUUCGUCGAGGAGCGUCGUGAGAGGAUGGUGUGGGUGAAAGAGGACCCUGGGGCGUUCCAGAGGUUUUGGAGGGCCCUCGAUGAUGAUAUCAAGAAGGAGGCCGUCCAGGAACUGGAGGAGAUCGUGCUGAAGGGUGUUGUAAAGCGCUUCUUCAAUGAGAAGGAGGUGACUUCAACACUUGUCAUGGAUGCGCUCUUCUGUGGAUGCAGACAGCUCGAAGAGAACACGAGGCUGUGGUUUGAGGGGAAGAUUGCGACGGCUGAUCCUCCAAAUGUGAUAGUCGACGGCCAACAGGGUGUGUUCUUUCUGGGGGGUGACAUCCUUCAAGUGCUUGAGAACGCAGCCAAUGAAAUUAUUCCAAUAUGUGGCCGAGACGAAAAGGCAGCAGAUGGUUCUGCUAUGCGCAGUGGCCAGGAGGAUGAGUCUGUCAAGGACACCAUCGAACGUGAUGAGCUGCGCUUGGCUGAGCUUGGGAGGCGGACGGUGGAGAUGUAUGCCAUCUCCCACAUCUUUGCGGAGCACCUUGAGGUUGCAUAUCGUGAAGCAGAGUCGCUAAAACGUCAAGAGGCUCUCAUAAGAGAAGAGGAAGAAGCAGAACGUCUGGAGGAAUACCGAUUGCAGAUCAAGGCUCAGGCUGAGAGGGAGAGGAGAAUGAAAAAGAAGGAAAAGAAGAGGGCACGCAAAGAGGCUGAACGUGUUCGCCGUGAAGCUGAAGAGUCUGAAAAACAGCGCAUGGAGGACAUAAAGCGUGAGGAGGAGGAUCGCAAGAGGAGGGAGGCAGAGGAGAAAAGAAGGAUGCUUGAAGAAGAACUGGAACGCCAGCAUCAAAAGGCACUUGAGGAAGCAGCUGUUCGUUCCAGGGAAGCUGACAGACGCAGGCAGAAAGAACAGGAGGCCGAGGCAAGCACAAGUACAGCAUGCCAGGAGCAGCCCACAACCAGCGAAGCGCAAACAGAGCCAGCGCUGGAGCGGCAGAGCAUGCGCAAAGCUGAAGAGCGGCCACCCACAAAGGAGCCUCUGUCGUCUCGGCCGUCCUCUUCCCAGUCCUCCUCAGAAAAUGUGCGAAAGCCCUUGGAUCCUCUUCCACGCAUCAAUGGCACCAUCCCGCAGAGGCCCACUGAGCCCAUCCAGUCACCAUCCAGCCUGACACCCUGUGCCGGGACAAGAAGCCCUCCAGUGGCCAAUGGCAUCAGCCAUGCGCCCACAUCAGUGGCCACCUUGCGAGCCCGCAUCAAGGAGCUGGAAAAGUUGCUUGGGGAGAGAGAUCUGGAGGUCACCAAGCUGAAGGCACAGGUGGCCGAGUAUAGGGCCAGGGAGCUGGAGCACAAGGCGCAGACGAGCGGGGCCAUGAGGGAGUUGCCUGGGCUGACACCUCGAAUCACUCAGGUUUCCCAUGCCUCCCAGACCCAGGGCAAUGCGCUGGCCACAGCUCCGGCAGCUGGUACACUUGUGGCUGAUGCUGAGGCGCCCAGCACCACCACAAGUUCUCGGCCCUCAAGUCGGGCCAGCAGCACUGAGAUGAACCACCUGCACCGCGCGGCUCAGCCUGGUGUACAGCAGCAGACCGUGGCUGCGGGCACAACAACUGUGGGUCUUGCAAACCCCGCAGCUCCAGCACCCCAGGUGAGCAAUGCGAGCAGCAACAUCGGAGACAAGAGUCGGUCUGUUCCAUCUGUGGCAGGGAGCACAGCCAGCCCAGCAGCCCUGCCUGCAGUGCCAUCCAGCGCCAGUCGUGGUCCAGAUCAGCCACGUCCAAAGGAGCCUGCCCCAGGCAAGGCCCCAGUAGCCACGCAGCAGGAUCUGAGCCAGUCGUCAACCAAGUCAGGCGGCCCUGACAGCAGUCGGACGACACAGGACACGCCUCGCAGCACAGGCAGCAGCAUGGGAAGUGGUACAGCACCCUCGCAGCGUGCAGUGGGGAGUGCAGGUGCAGCCACACCGGGGCUGCCUGGGGGCCAGCAAGGGAAUGGCCCCAAGUCCCAAGGCUCGCCGGUGGCAGCAGCAUCCUCUGCCACGGCCUCAUAUCAGUAUGCCUCCCUCGGAAUGGCAACAGGGGGCCAUGGCGUGCAACAGGACCUGGCCAUGUCUCCUGCACAGCAGGCUGCCAGGUCUGCUGCACAUGGAGGUCGCCCAGAGGGCAUGCUGGGCACGCCUUACGGUGCCCCUGGCCCAUCUCCAGGCCCCACCUCGUCGCUGAUGCCUGUCGGAGGAGGUCAGCCUGUGGCAUCCCCUUUCAUGAGUCGAAACGCCCCUUUUGGUCCCCACCCACAGCCCCAGGGGCAUGGGUAUGCAUCCAUGCAGUCCCACCCUCACGUGGGGGUGCAUCAGGGACCCAUGGGUCAUCAGGGACAGCAACACGGGAUUGCACAGCAGCAGGUUGGAGUGUCUGGUCCACUGGGCGUCUCGUGUAGCCCCAGCCUGAUGCCCCUGCAGAAGCCUCCACCAAUGGCCCAUGGCAUGCACCCCCACGGCGCCCAGGGGGUUCACAUGAACCAUCAAGGCCCGGUGCACUCUCAGAAUGCGGAGUCCAGGAGAAUGGCGGGGGACUCUUCGGGGAGGAUGCCCAAUGGGUUUCGGCCUUUCAUGGCCGGAAACUAUGGCAGUAUGGGUGGACCUGGGGCGCAGGGGGCGCACAGUCAGCCAUUGGUCGGGAGGGCCCACUCAGCUCACGAGUCUGUCUUGGGCUCAAUCGCGGAUUCGAUUCAUGGCCCAGGCCUGAAGAGCUCGGACAUGGGGUACAUGGCAUCCAGCCAUUACAUGAUGCACCAGCGGCCACCGAUGAACUUCUCGUCGCCAGUGACACCAAAGCAGCAUUCCGAUCCUGGAGCACAGGGCAGCGAGACGCCUCUCGAUGAUUUUGCACACAUGGGACUCAUCCAAGACCUGUUGGAGUAG